AUGAUGCUCGUUACGGACUACCUCAAGUACGCGUUCGUAUUGUCGUGGUAUGGAUGCCGCUUGGCUGGAUACAUCGUCUUCGACAUCUGGCUGUGGCAUAGGUUUCAUGCUUUCAACCUUCUACAUCAAUACGUGGAUGAGCGAUAUGGCAAAGCGGCUUUCGCUUUCUCCAUUGUCUUUACUAUCUCCUAUGGAAACUACGUCCUCUUCCUCAUUUCCCGCUUGUCCAAUGCGGCAAAGGACGCAAGAUCGUGGCGACGUAUCAGGCAAGGCUUCUCCCUCAUUGAACUCGUCACCUCUACCGUUUUCCUCGUUCGAUACUUCCUGUGGCUCGAACAGUUUCAGGCCAAUGGAGAAGCUAAAAAUGUCAGAUACUGCAUUGCAUGCAUUUCUGUUACGGCAGUUGGCAUUUCUUGUCAGCUGUUAUGCUUCUUCUUUGGCCUGGAGCUGUUCGACAUUGCCAGCCAGAUUCGUCAAAGAUGGUACAAUCGCAGGAAUACCAGGUUUCACAUGUGGGACCAAGUGAUGGAGUUGCAAGAAGCUCCAGAGCGGGAAGGGUAUGCAUGUAGGGACAUGGAGGUCAUUGAGAGGAGCAUUGAGAGGAGCAUGGAGAGGAGCAUUGAGAGGGACAUUGAGAGGGGUGCUGAAGUGGGCGUUGAGAGGGGCAUUUGGAUGGGCGUUGAGAGGGGGAUUGGGAUGGGCUUUGAGAGGGGGAUUGGGAUGGGCGUUGAGACUCGCAUUGAGGGGGGCAUUGGGAUGGACCGAGUGAUUAAUUCACAGCCGUUGUAA